ACCGAGACGUAACUUGGGAGUGCUCGAAGCCAAGUUGGAAGUUGUGAAAGUCUGCCGGAAAAGGCGAUUUUCUUGUGUGCGUGUUGGUCGGAGUGUUAAACCCGCCGCGGCCCCGCCACCUGGUGCCUCCGAGCCAGACACCGCUCACGCCCCUGCGAUAUGUGCUUACGACCCCCGGACCCGUCUGACCCACGAGUAUGAAUCCUGAUUAGUGUCCUCCUUCGGUUCGAGACAGAAAAUCCUCAGGUUCGGAUCAUGUGUAGUGAAGCGGGUCUCGCCGUGGACUCGUGCAGCAAGUCAGCGGGGCAGCAGCAUGCCGGGCCCCGCGAGGCAGCCCCCGAGGCCGGCCGGAGCCCCGUGGAGGAGGUGUGGAAGCAGACGCAGCGGAUGAUGGAGGAGUCCGAGCACCUCGUCAGGAUCAUGACCCACGUCUGUUCGCAGCGGCUCUCCGGCGUCCGCAGCUCCGUCGCCCAGUACUCACAAGGUUGUUGGCGACGAUGCAGUGUGAACGACGCCGAGGACGACAGACGAGGCCCCCAGCAGCAGCAGCAGCACGCGACGUGUUGUGAGGGGUGCAUGAGCCCCUGCAGGACCCAGCCGCAGGCGGGGGUGCAGCAGCAGCAGCAGCAGCGACAGAAGAAGCAGGGGGAGGAAGAGCCGUGCCGAUGUCGGGGUCCAGGGCCUCGGUGGCGGCGGCGGCGGGGCGGGUGUCAGUGUGGGCAGUGUGAGGACUGUAUCAGUAUGGACACCCGGGGGGGCACGACCCUUCCCCCCGCUCAACAGUGUUGCUGCCCCGCCCACACCACCACCACCACCACCACGCCCAAGUCGCCCCCCACCACCUCCACCAUCACUCAAGCCACCCUGCCCUCCACCACCUCCACCUCCAGCACCUCCACACCGGCGCGCAGGUGGAGGAGUGGCCUGCCCUCCCCCCCUUCGAUACUCACCGUGCUCCUACUACUAGUCGCCGCCCUGGCCAGGUUCACAGAGGGGUGUUCGUCGAGGUCCACACCCAAGCCGCGGCCGCCGUCCCCCACCAUGCGGCCCAACAUAACAUUCCAAACCUUCGCCUGCCCCCCCGCCUACGCCGACUGGUACUGCCUCAACGGCGCCACCUGCUUCACCGUCAAGAUUGAGGAGUCCAUUCUCUACAACUGCGAGUGUGCAGACGGUUACAUGGGUCAGCGGUGUGAAUUCAAGGACCUGGAUGGCUCUUACCUCCUACACACGCGGGAGAAGGUGCUGCUGGAGACGGCCUCGAUCGCAGGGGGCGCCACCGUGGCCUGCGUGCUGGUCUUCGUGGUUCUCUUCGCCGUGUACGUCUUUAUGCAGAAGGACAAGGACAAGCGCUGCAGGGACUUGGACAACGGAUGCGACAACGAUCACCAGCCGUUCUCAGGCUACAAACGCCCCCGCGCCGAAAUAAUACGAACAAUUAUCAACCCCUACGCCCAACCCCAUGAGGACUUAAGUUACGUGGAAGUGCAGCCCUCCAAGCCCACCAUCAGCCCAGGGGUAGUGAAGGAGGCUGGCAGUCCCCACAGUGUGCCCGGAAGUGACACCUGCAGCCCCAGCAGCAGCCCCUCGUAGUGACACAGCUGUCCCUCCUGUCUCGACCCUGCCCGCCCUGCCGCCCUCACACACCUGUUGCUUGUGAAUGUUAGUGAGUGACCCAGAGGACAUUACUUGAGCCUUUACUUGCUGCACAGAGUAGUGUGAACUUCUCUUGGUGCUUCUUGAGUACUCAUCCAACAGCCUAGAUGUCUCGUUCUGUUAGCGUAGGAGGGAGCAUCGGCAGCCCGUGUGUGGCCGGCGACUCUGGCCAACCAAAGCGUAGACACAAAGAAGUUUUAUGCCCUCCCCUGUGAGUGGGUGACAGGCCUUGAGGCGGGUGUGCACAGCCUGUCUGCUGCUGAUGGUGAAUGUGACACAUACUCAGUUAUCUCAAGAUGCCUACUGUGCUGUCUUUUAGAUUCAGAGUAAUAUAUAUAUAAUAUUUUAGUGUCUACCAUAUAUAUGAUCUGCCUUGUGUACAUAUGGAUAGCAGUGUUCUUCAAGGUGCCUGUCUGCACACAUGCCCUCCACGUAGGCGUAAGGGCCACUCUAGUUGUCGCAACACCCGCUGUCUGGUGUGCUGGGCGUGCCGGGCGUGCCGGGCGCUGGCGGUGGAGUAGGUAGCCGCGAGUAUACUUCUCUUGUGUCACAACCGUCCAGAUGGUACUUAUGUAAUUUAAUUUAUAUGUAGAAUACAAAGAUUAACAGCAUUCAUUUAUGUAGCCUUUUAUGCUUGUAUCUAAAGGUUUAGGUGCACAGUUUAUUUUCUUAUGUGUAUUUCUCAUUUUUCUUUCCAUGCUGUGCUUUGAUAUCGUAUCACUGUACAUUCCCAGCUUAACAGUUACCCUUAUGUAAGGAUCUGGCAGGCCUUUAGCCACCUAUUCCAGACGAUUCCAUUAGGUCCGUUCCAGUGCUGUGGACUCCAGUGGUGGUCAUCGUUGUCGCAACAUCCGCAGACUCACGCUGAACGAAGCUCUGAAGUUUGCUUUAGAAUCGGUAUGACGGUACACAGUGUUUCCAUGGCCAGAGUGACCAUUAUAUUAAGAGUUGACUGCACCUACCAUAGUCCCAAAUGCCAUUGUCAAGUUCUUCAGGAUCUUUUUAAUAGAAUACUUUCUCGGGCGAGUCUCGCCUCCUCUGUCCUUGGUUAGCCCAUCUGGGCCUCUCUUCGUGGUUGUUGUUGAUAGAGGAAGAAGCUCUAGAGCCAGAGCGUUAUUUAGACUCCCUGACGUGGGGCAGUGUACGUGUGUUUUGUUAUUCAUCUGUGUUUGUGUUUUGCACUGCCAGCCAGCCAGCCAGCCAGCCAGCAUUAUUCAUCAUUACUUUGUAUUAUGGAUUUCCAGUUUUAGGGUAGGAAGACUGUACAUAGUGUAAAGAAGCCAAGCAGGAGUGGGUGAGGUUGCCAGAGCCGCCGCGUGAUGAAGAAGACCUUGACGUCACUCUGCGUUCCACUUGGUUACUGCAUUUAGCGCCUCGUUUCCCUGCGUGACUCUGGUAACCUUCCCGGGAGGAGCUAUACACUGCUUAGUUGUAACAUUUGUAUAUAAAACUAGCAAAUUAUUUGCUUAUUGCUGUUCAGCUUUUUGUGUAAGAUUCCUUGACUUUUUUGUAACUUUUGAUUAUUCCUGAUAGAGUAUUGAUUAUUGCAGAACAUUAUGUAAUGUAAGGCAAGACCUCCAAGUGAAUGAGUCACUCUGAGCACUGCUACCGCAAUAAUAUACCUCGCAAGUUGUUCUGGGUAUGAAGACCUUUUUUAUUAUUAUGUCGUUACUUGUGUCUUGAUGAAGGAGGAACUGUUUCACAAUUAUUUUUGUUGUUAUGUUUCACCACUCGGCACUGUUCUUGCUUACUGGUGCUCACAAGCUGCUGGCAUUUGUUUUAUUGGAUGGAAAGUUUCAGUGUUUAGAGGCUGUUUCCUUCAUACUGAGAACAAUUUAAUUAGUAGCAAUGCUCAAGGUGAUGACAAUUCUUUGGGUCAAUAGUGUCAAGAUUCCCUGGAACUGCAUAUCAAAUUCUUAGCAGUUAGUUACUGCAGUUGUGAAUGGGCAUAACACAGCUUGUGAAGGUUCCUAUCUUGGUGUAAUUGUAAUUCUUUUAAGGGUAUUUUCCUAAGGCAACUUGUGCUCAGUAUGUCACAAAGGUGGUCUACUUACAAGAGUUGUUCCUCUGAGGAAUAGUGUUUGUAGCCGUUAGCACCCCACCAUAUUUAUGUGCUUGUCAGUCAGUGUAAAGCUUCAGUAUUUUCUUGCCUCUCCCCGUCACCACCAUACCUGGCUUCCAUGUCGCCCCCAGAGGAAUAGUACUUAGUCGUCACCCUUGUGCUGAGGUGUUGUUGUCGACACACUGCAGUGUUGUGAGGUGUGUUGUGUCCAAAGAGUCAGUCCCAGUAAGCACCCUUGCAUUGUUUGCAUCAGUAGAGCCUUUCGUUCGUAGCGAGCUAGAUGAAGCAGUGUCAAGAAAACUGAGCCACAAAAUAGUGUUUAACAUUCAGUAAAUGCAAAAUCCACAUUGAAGGGAUAGGGGCCUUUGGUGUUUCUCUUGCCUCACUACCUCUGAUAUGCCUUGCUAGUCCACAAAAAGCAGCUUUAACAUCAUAUGCAGAUACUCAGUCCUGUGCGCUGUGCAGGGUUUGCACUUGAGUUGUCACCACACCAGUUUACAGUAUUUGUUUCCCUUAGGGCCAGGAAACCAUUUAGGAAGCUAUAAUGCAAGUUGCAUAAUUUUAGGUAACCAUAAAUAUUAUAUUUUCUUGCUUCCCUGUACCUUACUCUGUAACACCAGGAUUGCUGAGUCAAGCCACUAACUGAUUUUCAUAUGCAUAAUUUAUCCAAAAUUGUUCAAAACUACCAAUUUCAAAGGUUUUGAAUCCAUAAAUAUUCAAAAUACUAAUGAUUCUGAAGGUUUUGUUGGCAGCCAAGCACUUGCUGAUCUGUGCGACAAUCCCGUCAAACAGCUUAGCUUGGAGGUGCCUGGCCAGUGAGUCUGGAGAAGGUUGCCUCGUUGAGUAUCAUCAGCUUGUUGAAAACUCUGCCACUCGUGAUCCUAGAGCGACAAAGCCACAUCCUCUGAUCAGUUUCACAGCUGGCUUGGGGGGCAGGAGUGGGACGUCAGGUCAGUCUUGCCUGUGAGGAUUUCAGGAUUGCGCAGCGGUGGCAGGUCAUCGUCACCUUGACUUUGAUCUUUCAGUUUGUCCAUCCUGGAAGAUGACAGUGACCAAGUAGUUCCUGUAGUCUUGAGUGAACACGGCACAGUCUUGUUGAGACACAGUCAUGGAGUGAAUGUGGCAUUCACUCUUUGCCUAAUUAACUUUAACGGAGUUUUAAAUUUGUGAUGGAGGGAUUAUUGUCUUGUCUUUGUCAAACAUACACUGAGGUAAUCUCUUAUGAUUACAGAAGGGGGAAUCCGAUCUCAUAAUUUUAAAGGAGCCGAGAGAACUCUGACAAGUCCAAGUUAAAAUUAUUGAUGACUAAAUCGUCUGUGUGUUGGGGCCCGUAAGGGCGGUUGUCUAUGAGUUGUAGCUUGUGUCUCCAUGUGUUUCCUCAGCUACAUAAUAGCCGAGUAAAUUAAAAAUACAUAGUAAUAAAAAUCAGUUAGUGAGCCUGUCAUGAUGGAACACAGUUUGUGGCCUGACUCGGUGGUCCUGGCGGUACAACUCUACGAGGCUAUUUGGUAACUUGUGUUUGAUGUGGAUUUUUUUUAAAGAAAACUGUAAGUUUCCUAGAUGUAUUAGAUAUUAUACUUUUUAAUCCAUGUAUUGGAUUUCCUCCAAAAUAAUGUUGAGGUAUACUUGUGAAGUGAGUCAAGUGAUGGUUGUAUACCCGGGCCUGGCCACCCGGCACCCGCCCGUCACCCGUGGCGCUGCAGGUCAGACCGCUGCCCACAGUACCCUGGGUUACUGUCAACACAAACCUGUUUAACAUUGAAUGAACAACACACAAAAUUAAACAGGCAUGGGUGAAAAUUUUGAGUCGUUAAAUAUCAAGAGGCAAAGAAUGAAAUGUUGUAGGUGUGUUUUGUUAGAGGAAUUGAAUGUUGCCUCACACCACACCACACCACACCACACCACACACACACACACACACACACACACACACACACACACACACACACACACACACACACACACCCUAAAGGAAGCAAGUAAUGUUGAUGUGCUUCGUCCACCACCCUAGACUAAUGUGCACCUCUGGAUUCUGUUUCCUUUCGUCUCGGUGAGGCCGGCGUGCGUCCUGCGUGUCUGGCCGCUGAGAGGCACCAAGCUAGCGGGUUGUAUUACUGAACUAGAAAAUAAUCAGUGAGUGUAGAUUAACGCGUCAUAUAAACAGCCUUGUGUUUUAUUAUUUUUAUGUUAAUACAAGAAUCCCUCAUACAUUUUUUUGAUGAUUAAAAAUAAUGUUUUGAUUCCAGUUGAUUGUAGCUUUAUUUACAAAAGGGACUUGGAAAUGAAUGAUAGCAGCUGAUUGUCUGUACAGGAAAAUGAAACAAUAUUGUUAUCUAGUGUAUUUUAUUUUAUCAAGUUACUGUCCAUAGAUGAAAUAAAGAAUUUGUUACA